AUGCCAAAUGUGCUGUGCAUAAAACGUUUACAGGUAGAUUAUAGUGGGAUUAGGAAAAUUCUUUAUCAUGAUAAAAAAAAAGAUGAUAUACCAAUCUCUGCAAGUAGAGAGAUAAUAUUUAUACUUUACAGUGACGCUCCAUCAAUCCCUAUUAAAAUUGCAUUAAAAUUAUUUAAAUUUGAUUGUGUUAUAUUUCAUGAUGUUGAUUUAGCACCAAUUAAUUAUUAUAAUUCAUAUCAAUGUGAUCAAUUAACUAAACAUAUGAUGAUACAUUUAAGUGUUGCGAUAAAUACAAAUAAAUUUAAAUUACCUUAUGAAACAUAUAUUGGUGGAGUUAUAAAAAUAUCUACACAUCAUUUUAUUACUGUUAAUGGAUAUUCUAAUGAUUAUUGGGGUUUAGAUAAUGAAAAUGAUGAUAAUUUUGAAAAACGUCUUAAAUUUACGGGUAUAAAAUAUAUACAUGUUAAUGAUAAAAUUGGACAAUAUAUUUAUAUACCAUAUACAUCAUCGUAUUCUUUACAAUCUAAUCAUUUAAAAAAAUUAUUAGAAAACUCAGAUGAACAGAUAAACUUUCAUGGAUUAGAUGCUGUAUCAUAUAAAGUGAUUUCACGAUCAAAUCAACCAUUUUUUACACAUCUUCGAGUUUUAAUAAAACAAAGUUGA